AUGGGCUCCCUAUCCGCCGGACUGAUCACAUUGACGCUUCUGUACGUCGCCUCCCGACUAUGGCACCUCAACUACAACUACAGAGUUGCACGGGCCGCGGGACUACCUGUAAUUAUAUGCCCCUAUGAUCCCGACAGUACUCUCCAUACUAUACUCUGCGUACCCCUCCGCCCGAUUCUCUGCAGCCUUCUCCCUGGCCCUAUUUUCGCCAUUGUUGAGCUUACUAUCUGGGGGUGGGAGUUCCGCGAUAAAGCAGCCAUCCACGAAAAGCUCGGUCCUGCUUUUAUAUUCGUUACUACGGGACGCAACCGGCUUGUCUGUGCAGACCCAUCUAUGGCUCACGCUAUCAUGAUGAAGAGAAAAGAUUUUGUCCAUACGUAUAUCACAAAUAAGGCUAUGGGUUUCCUGGGCGCGAACAUCAUAACUGCCAAAGAUGAUUCUUGGUCACGCCAACGCCGCAUUGUUGCCCCAGCACUGAAUGAACGCAUUAGUCAGGACGUCUGGACAGAAAGUACGGAACAAGCAUCUUCCCUCGCCGAUACACUUCACUUGCCAUCUACCACCCAUUCACUCGAGAAAAGUUCAGAGGCAGUCACUGGCGUACGUACAAUUGCUAUGAAUGUUCUGGCUCGGAUUGCCUACGGCUAUAAUAAGCCCUUUGCUGCAUCCCAAUCUUCAGACCUGCAAGCUGCAAACUUUUCGUACGUAGACGCCAUCGAACUCUGUACCCAGUUUCUCGCUCUAGCAGCUUUCAUCCCUGGCGGCUUGCUGAGGCUACCCAUCAUGCCUCGUCUCCUGCAGACAAUAGGCGCUGCAAUGAAGCAGCUGCCUGAACUCACGCGAGACAUGCUUGAUCAGGAGCGCAGUAAGGGUAGUUCCACUCCUUCAAGCGGACGGUCCACCAUCAUGAGCACGCUUGUCCGCCUUUCAGACCAGGGGAAAGACCAGGUUUCAAGCGGAAACUCUCUCUUAGUGGAGAAGAAUCAGCAAACAACUGAGGCCAGUACUUCCGGCAGUUCCUAUCUCACGGAGGAAGAAAUCGCAGGAAACCUCUUCAUCUUUACUGCGGCAGGUUUUGACACUACCGCUAACACGAUGUCUUACGCCAUCACCCUCCUCGCGGCCUGUCCAGAGUGGCAGGCAUGGAUCCAGGCCGAGAUCGACACUGUGUUUGGGGAUACGCUGGGCGGAGUAGAUGGGGAGAGUGCCUUGCCAGAAUACGCAACUGCAUUCCCAAAAUUGAAGCGCUGUUUAGCCGUCAUGUUGGAGACUCUUCGCCUCUACCCGCCCGUAACCCUCUUGACGCGUUCCACCACUACACCACAAACGAUCCAACUCGAAAACUCAUCUACGUCUUUCCAUCUACCGGCUCCAAUUAGUGUCUACAUCAAUACGGUAGCUCUGCACACGUCGACUUCUAUAUGGGGCCCGGAUGCGCUGGAGUUCAACCCUUCACGCUGGCUUCGACCCGUUUCUGGAGAGGGUGCAGAGCUGGAAAUCAUGACUCCACCACGCUGCACUUAUCUUCCUUGGUCCGUUGGUCCCCGUAUCUGUCCAGGGCAGAAAAUGGCACAGGUAGAAUUUGUAGCUGUUAUUGCAACGCUCUUCCGCAAAUGUACAGCUCAGCCAAUAGUUAAGAAAGGAGAAAGUAUGCAGCAGGCGAAACAGCGACUACUCGAUUUAACGCAGGAUAGCCAGGCUGGAUUGACUUUACAGAUGAACCGACCAAAGGAGGUAUCUCUCAAAUGGACAAAACGAUAAGAAGUCAGGUAGCUUUAGAUCAAUGGUUAGGGCUCAGAUUG